AUGCUGGUCUUUGUUGCGCAUGGGGUGAUUUUCUCCGUAGGGAUAUUGGUGCUAGCGGCGCAGUGGGAAGCCGUGCACAUGUCAACAGUGAGGCUUCCUUCUGUGCCUCCGCGGAAGCACGUCCUCGACAAUCGUGUGCAGCGGUCCAUGCAUGGGUGGUCCGUCAUUGAGAAGAUCAGUGACUUUACGCACGCUGUCUGCCGUGUGACGGACGGCCGCGGAUCUGCCAUUCUUAUCGCCUGUCCAUCAGCAGACUCCACUAUCCGCUGCGAUGCAUUCCAUAAAGGGCAACAGCAUCCGCAGAUGCGGCGCAAUGACAUUGGUGUGCUGCUUACGACUUCCUUUGUGUUUCCUAGUCGAGAGGAGGCACAAGGGUCAACAGUGACGUUUCUGGAGCAGCCUAUUGCAGGGACAAGCGCGCGGGAGGGACGUUGUGUGGAGCCGUUGCAGGUUCCAGUGAGCGUGGACAAGGUGUUUGUCUGCUCCACCUCUAAUGCCCCGCCUAGGAUGCGGUCCAAGUGGGGCGGCGUGGGAGCGUCCAUGUCUGUAUCCGGCAACUCUCGAUCGGUGGACUACGAUACCACGAGAAGGAGUUCGAUGUAUACUUUGAACCACAGUUUUAUGCGGGAGGAGCACGCUGAAGAGGAAGAGUUGGGCUACACCUUGACCUUUUGCGACAUGAGUCGAAUGUGGGACGGUGGUAUGUCCAGCAAUUCCUUUGCGAAAGGGUCCUAUUUGGGUGGACACCCGCCCGUUUCGUCUGACGUCAGCAUAAGCGUUUCGUGCGCCGCCCCUUUUUUCCCUGUACUUCAAACUCGUCUUUCGGCCUCUGCGUCAGAGCGGCACGAGACGUCCAACAACGUUUCCGUCCCAUGUUUUUUCCGCACAGAGAGUUUUGGCGUGCGUUCGGCGCCGCAACUGCGGGAGUCGUGCCUUAUUAAGCCACUACCGCUGCCAUUGCUCCUCUCUCGCAUCCCUCCAGUGCGUGUUGGUGACUGCCAUUUGAUGAUUACACACGUCAACGGUAAGGAACGGCACUACGUGGUGCAGACAGUGAAGCAGGUGGGAAAGGAUUCAUGCGAGUACGAUUUUUUUGAUCCGGCAAGUGAAUUUAGUAGCGGCGGCCCCAUUUUUGACAUGCUCGGGAAUUUUGUGGCGAUACAGCACCAGAGCGGGGAUCACAGCUACGGCAUCUUUACCACCUCAAUUGUGCGUCACCUUUUUCAAUCCUCCGUGCUGGGCGUCUGCCGUGUGCCGAUCAUCGACGUUGGCGUGGACGAGGCGAAGUUUGACAUGAAUGCCGUGGUCCCUGAUGAGGUGUUUAAUCAGCCGUUUCACCUUAAUCAGCGCUACUGCGUGUUCAACGUUGGCGCCGGUGAUCAACUGAUUGAGUUUGAUGAUUUUGAGCGUAUGCGCAUGCGCAGCAACAUCCGGGGCUCAACGCUGCCUCCUUCUCUUGUGGCGCCUGCCAGUGAUGAAGUAUGGCAGGAGUUCUACCACGGCUUUAAUAGUCUCAUUCUUAUUUUGCAUGCCUUUUCACAUGUGCCCAAGCUGACAAAACUCGCAUUAGAGGAGAUCACCUCGCAUAAGCAUCGUAAAGACUUACCAAACGUGUCCUCUCUCGGGGGUAUUGGGCUUGUGCUAGAGAUUAUUGAUGGAUACCCUGAAAAUGAGGAGGUUGUGUUGGCCGCCCUUACCGUCCUGGCUCGAGCUUCUCUGUACACAUCUAAUCGUGAGGCCAUUUGCCGCUGUGAUGGAGUCUUGACCGUGUUGGAAAUUAUGAACGAGUACUCGCAUCAUGGCAACAUUCAGCUUUGGGGAUUUUGCUGCCUGUAUAACGUUAUGGCGUCGGAUUCACCCGUGCGCACAGACUCUAUUGAAAUUUUUGCGCACAGUCAAGGUAUUCCAUUGGCUAUCGAGGCACUUUGCGUUCAUCGUGCCCAGCGUUACUUAUUACGUUAUACAGCCUUUGCGCUCAGCUGUGUGGCUCACGAAGAUGCUCGGCAUGUGAGUGCAAUGAUUCGAGGUGGGAUCGCCGACGUUAUUGUGGACCGGAUGAACGAGAAUGAGGAUGAUCCCUUUGUGUUUCUUGGCUUGGCGACACUACUGCGUGAACUGCUGUAUUUAUUUGGGAGCGGGGUCUUGUUGUUUACAGGGGACGCCCCAUCAGACGCAUGUGCCUUGGAGGUGGCCACAUGGGCUGACGGUGCCCCCAUGCCUCUAUGGGAUGCAUCCAACUGUUGCAGUUGUAGCGGUGAGGUUGGCGGUGCUUUGCUUGCGGCUCUGAUUGAUGGAAAAGUUCUCACCAUCCUUGGGAAGGUUAUGGCAUGUGAGUCACUGAACCACUAUUCGACCGCCGCGAUGACGUUGCUGGGGGUCUGUAGCGAUGCCGUGCUGAUGCUGCUCUCGUGCGGCGCGACGGAGCUUAAGAGAGAACUGGUAUCCACGACGUUGAAGCAAACAUGCGUGAAUAUUGUGCAGAACUUUUCAACGGAGAAGGUGCUGCUGAAGCGGACGCAGCAAAUUGUAAAUGUUUUUUCGUCAUUUGCAUGA